CCGGGCGUCGGAGGCCGGAGGACCUUGGCAGCACCCCUGCAGCGCCUCGCGGCCAUGCCCGCCCGGGUGGAGGACUACGAGGUCCUGCACACCAUCGGCACCGGCUCCUACGGCCGCUGCCAGAAGAUCCGGAGGAAGAGCGACGGCAAGGUGCUGGUCUGGAAAGAGCUGGACUAUGGCUCCAUGACGGAGGCGGAGAAGCAGAUGUUGGUGUCGGAAGUGAAUCUGCUCCGUGAGCUGAAGCACCCCAACAUCGUGCGCUACUAUGACCGCAUCAUCGACCGGACCAGCACGACCCUGUACAUCGUGAUGGAGUACUGUGAGGGCGGGGACCUGGCCGGUGUUAUUUCCAGGGGUGCCAAGGAGAGGCAGUACGUGGACGAGGAGUUUGUGCUCCGGGUGAUGACGCAGCUGGCGCUGGCCCUGAGGGAGUGCCACAGACGUAGUGACGGUGGCCACACGGUGCUGCACCGUGACCUGAAGCCCGCCAAUGUGUUCCUGGAUGGGCAACGCAACGUGAAACUCGGGGAUUUUGGACUGGCCAGGAUACUGAAUCACGACACAAGCUUCGCCCGGACCUUCGUGGGCACCCCUUACUACAUGUCCCCUGAGCAAAUAAACCGCCUGUCGUACAAUGAGAAGUCAGACAUCUGGUCCCUGGGCUGCCUGCUGUAUGAGCUGUGUGCGCUGAUGCCCCCUUUCACAGCCUUCAACCAGAAGGAGCUGGCGGGGAAGAUCCGCGAGGGCAGGUUCCGGCGAAUCCCCUACCGCUACUCUGAGGGCCUCAGCGAGCUCAUCACCAAGAUGCUGCGGCUGAAGGAUUUUCAGCGCCCUUCAGUGGAGGAGAUCCUCGGUCACCCUUUGAUCGCGGACAUAGUGGCGGAAGAGCAGAGGAGAAAUGCUGAGAGGAGGGGGUGCCGGCCUGGAGACCCCGACAGACUGCAGGACUCGGGUCCCAUUGCCACUGAGCUGCGGCUCAAGGAGGCACAGCUGCAGGAGCGAGAGCGGGCACUUCGGACACGGGAGGAGCAGCUGGAGCAGAAGGAGCGAGAGCUGUGUGUGCGGGAGCGGUUGGCUGAAGACAAGUUGGCCCGGGCCGAAGGCCUGCUCAGGACCUGCAGCGCAUUCAGGGCUCUGGCCUGUGACACAGGUAGGUGUAGGGAACUCUCGGAUCUCCCUGCCUCGGUGGGUCGCAAGAAAGUGCACUUCGGCGGUUGUGGGGACAGUAAGGAGAAUGUGCCAAGCACAGCGGCCCCGGCCCCACUGGGCUCCAAGGUCAAGUGCAGGGACCUGAAGACACGGCUGCACGCAGCCCAGCUGCGGGCACAGACCUUGGCAGACCUGGAGCGGCACUAUCAACUGAAGAGCCGGCAGAUUCUGGGCAUGCGCUAG